CGUUCUUAGUACAGCGUAUGCAUGAACAUGGCGUUAAUAUCGUUGAUGUUGAUGGUACUAUGUUUGGUAGUUGUGUCUGAAACAACGGAGCCCUUAUGUUCUCCUUUCAACUACGAGGAGAAAUUGUUGGAAAAGAUGGUGAGAAUGGAAUUUAAAAUGGAGCAGGCGUUGAAGCGUAUUGAUGAUUUUGAAGGGCUCAUUCUCAGACAAAACCGCACAAUUCAAAGCGCAAUUGGUACUUUAAGAGAAAUUGAAGCAAGACUUGAUUCCAAACUAUCGAUAACCUCAAUUGGGGCAUCCUAUAUCCGGUGGGGUCGAUCAUCCUGUCCUCAUUCGAACAACAGUCUCGUGUAUCAUGGAUUUGCAGCGGGCACUGCAUAUUCCUCUAGCGGAGGGGCCGCUGACUAUCAAUGUAUACCGGCCGAGCCUGAAUUGGAAACUGUGGUCACAAGAGCUGCCUAUAUAAGCAACAUAUACGGUUCAGAGUACGAAACACACGGAGCAACAGCCUUGUCUUCAUUGGUUGAGCACGAAGUACCAUGCGCUGCUUGUUUCACAAACGCUACAACAACCAUAAUGAUUCCGGCGAGGAAAACGUGUUACAGCGGAUGGAAACUGGAGUACCGCGGUUUUCUGAUGACUGAGCGCGACAUUCAUGCUAACAACAAGCAAUACGUGUGUGUUGACAAGGAUGCUGAGUCAGCCCAGGGAAGUACUCCAGCAGAUACUAAUGGCGCUCUGUUCCACUUAGUAUUCCCGACGUGUGGAACAUUGAAAUGUCCUCCUUACAACAGCGCAUCUGCACUUGCUUGCGUUGUUUGUUCCAAAAUAUAGGCAUACAUGAUACCAAACAUGAUAAGAUAUAUGUUUAUCAUAGAAAAAGUAUUGAGUGAUAGCAUGGGCUUUUGUUAUAUGUAUAUUUUUACAAACAAUUAUCAUCCUUUCGGGCGUGUUGGAACGGUUGGAAACGUAAGUGGAAGUGUAUGCCUGUGAUCCGCACAAAAUGCCUUUUUCGCAAUUUAAUUAUUAAAAAAAAUAUAUUCACUAUGAUCGCACGAAUAAAAUACAUUUACAGUGAUUACAGCCGAUAUAAAUUUAUUAUGUUUUUCUAAAAUUAAAGAACGAAUCUUUUCUUAAGCCUGAGUAUUAUGCUGUCAUAGUUAUCCUAUAUUAUUUGUAUCCACGCUUUACACGCGAUUAUCCGUUUUAAUCUUAUAAAAUUCAAUACUUGCAUGUAUACAAUGUUCUCUUCAUUGUUGAUAAACACUAUUUUUAAUGUGUUUCAUUCAUAUGUAUUCAAUUUGAAUUCACUUACAGAACCAGUAUUGUUGUUGACGACUCAUAAUAAAGUAUAAUCAAUUUAAACGAUUACUAUUUGCAAAAAUAGUUUCGACAGUUGCAAAUGUUUUGAACAGAUAAAAACUAUUCGGACGAGUCGUUAAUAUGCAAACAAAUAAGGAAGAAAUAUAUAUAACAAAUACAAUUUUAUAUUAUAACAAUUAUGUUUGCACAUUUUGUGAAUUAAACAAGUUAUUUAGUUUAUAUAGUAAACAUAUAUAGGAAUCCGCAAUUUAAACAAUAUAACAUUACUGUUUGCAUUGUUCUUUUGUAAGUGAAUGCAUGUUUCAAUGUAAGUAAAGUAAUAUUUUAAGCGUAAAAUGCUUUGUUGGAAUGUGAAUUGAACAAAACUGAAAAUGCUAUACAAAUGUUAUACAGUUUUAUAUGUAUAUGGUCAAUGUUUAUUGCCUGACUAAUUGUGUAUUGUGCAAUUAUAUCUGA